AUGUACACUGAUCAUCAGGGAACUGAUGAUCAGUGUGCCCUGAUGAUUAGUGUAGCCCCAGCAGUGCCUCCUGUCAGUGCCCAUCAAUGCCAGCUGUCAUUGCCCAUCAAUGCCACCUGCCAGUGCCCAUCAUUGCCUCAUCAAUGCCACAUAUCAGUGCCUACCAGUGCACAUCAAUGCCACAUGUCAGUGCCCAUCUGAGCUGCCUUUCAGUGUCACCUAUCAGUGCCAGUCAGUGCCACCUAUCAUGCCAGUCAGUGCUACCUAUCAGUGCUGCCAAUCAGUGCCACCUAUCAGUGCCAGUCAGUGCCGCCUAUCAGUGCCAUCAGUGCCACCUAUCAAUGCCAGUCAGUGCCACCUAUCAGUACCAUAUAUGAGUGAUGCCUUUCAGUGCCCAUCAGUGAUGCCUGUCAAUGCCCAUCAGUGCCACCUACUAGUGCCUCCUCAUCAGUGCCCAUCAGUGCCACAUAUCAGUGCAGCCUAUCAGUGCCCAUCACUGCAGCCUUAUUACCGCAUAUCAGUGAAGGAGAAAGAUCACUUACUUACAAAAUGUUAU